CCGCUCCGCUCCCGGGAAGCGCCGCCUCCGCCGCCGCCGGGCGCGGGGGGACAGCGGCGGUGCCGAGUGGCCGCGCCCUCCGCCAUGAACCUGCACCAGGUGCUGACGGGCGCCGUGAACCCCGGGGACAGCUGCUUCUCCGUCGGCAACCUGUACGACCAGCCCUUCACGGCAUACGCAUCAGGAUGUGAUAUUGUGAUACUGGGGACUGACUUUGAAAGAUUACAGAUAAUCCCUGGAGCUAAACAUGGAAACAUACAAGUGGGAUGUGUGGACUGUUCAAUGCAACUGGGCAAGAUUGCAGCUUCUUAUGGAAAGGUGAUUUGUAUCUUUGAGCCAGUUAGUGUCUUGAAGCAGAACAGCAGUCUUCAUAAUGUGUUACAUUACCAGUGGCAGAAGAAUGCUCAAAUCUCACUGGAAGCCGUAGUGCAUAAUCUGACAUGGGAUCCCACAGGUACUCGCCUUCUGACUGGUUCCAAUUGUCUUCAGCUUUGGUCCAAUAUUCAGUUGGAAAACACUGAUGACAAUGACAAUACUGAAAGAGCAGGUGUUGGACUUGGAGAGUGGAGAUGUAUCUGGCAAUGCAAAACUGCUUCUCAAGUUUGUUUAAUGAAGUUCUCACCAGAUGGAGAGUUUUUUGCUACUGCUGGAAAGGAUGACUGUCUUGUGAAAGUAUGGUACAAUGCAGAGAGCUGGCGGUCAGCCGUAUCACCACCUGGUGCCAGUCCAGAAAACCAAGCAAAAGAGCUUGAUUUUUCAUUUGUUUAUUUGGCUCAUCCUCGAUCAGUAAAUUCAUUUUCAUGGAGAAAGACCAGUAAAUUUAUGCCACGUGGUGCUGUCUGCAAUGUACUCCUGACUUGCUGUAAGGAUAAUGUUUGUCGUCUCUGGGCAGAGACUUUGUUACCCAAUGACAGUCUGUUGUAUGGGGGAGGAUACAGCAAUUGGAGUGAAGCAGCGAACUUCACAAACAACUUCAAGAGAAAUACUUCAAGUAAAGAAAAAGCGCAUAGUGCAUUGGAGUUAAACCUGAGGCACUUCCGACGUGGAAGGAGGAGGUCAGGUGCUGUUGUAGCACAUACUGGAUAUGCUCUGCAUCAGCAAGAUCCUCAUGAAACUCAUAGGAACAUUCCUCCUCAUGCAAAUGCCCUUUGCCACUACCAUAUUGCUGCCAGUAUCAAUCCAGCCACGGAUAUUCCUCUACUGCCUUCUAUCACAUCUCUAAGUCUUGGGGAAAAUGAAGAAAAAAGUGGACCUUUUAUUGUACACUGGCUAAACAACAAAGAACUUCAUUUUACCUUAUCUAUGGAAGUGUUUUUGCAACAACUUAAAAGGAGUUUUGAACAUCAUUCCCCUGAGACUAAUACUGAGGAUUCUAAUCAAAUGGAUGGCAGAUCAGAAGAAGAAGCUGAUGAAAAUGGAGAUGAACAAAAAGGAAACCAAGAGAAGAAGGAACUGGGUGAUGAGAAAGCUGCUCCAUAUUCAAGCCUUGUUCCUUUAUCUUCUGCUGUUUUUGAUCAUGAAAUCGAAGUUCUGCUUUCUGAAUGGAGUAAAAAUGCUGACAUGCUCUUCAGUAUACAUCCUAUGGAUGGCUCCCUGCUGGUGUGGCAUGUGGACUGGCUGGAUGAAUAUCAGCCUGGCAUGUUUCGUCAGGUGCAGGUGUCAUUUGUCUCAAGAAUUCCUGUUGCGUUUCCAGCGGGCGAUGCAAACUCUCUUUGCAGAAGUAUAGUGAUGUAUGCUUGUACCAAAAAUGUUGACUUAGCUAUUCAACAAGGCAAACAAAAGCCUACCGGCCUUACACGAUCUUCAUCUAUGCUUAUCUCUUCUGGACACAGUAAAUCAACCAACAGCUUAAAACUAAGUAUCUUCACACCUAAUGUUAUGAUGAUUUCCAAACAUGCAGAUGGGUCACUGAACCAGUGGCUAGUGAGUUUUGCUGAAGAAUCUGCCUUUUCAACUGUACUCAGUAUUUCACACAAAUCCCGAUAUUGUGGUCACCGUUUUCAUCUUAACGACUUGGCUUGCCACUCAGUGUUACCACUGCUGCUUACAACCUCACAUGAUAAUGCUCUAAUUUCACCAGAUGUUGAGAAAGCAAUACAGGCAAAUGAGUGUUUUAAGUCUCAGGAGUCACCAGUAAGACAUCAGAAUAGAGGCAAUGCAAAUGUGACAUCCCAGGAUCCCAACACUGUGUACAGUGAGCUUAUUCUAUGGAGAGUAGAUCCUGUUGGGCCUUUGUCCUUUUCUGGUGGAGUUUCUGAACUUGCUCGGAUCAAUUCUCUUCAUGUUUCAGCUUUUUCUAAUGUUGCAUGGCUGCCCACACUUAUACCCAGCUAUUGCCUUGGUGCAUACUGUAAUUCUCCAAGUGCCUGCUUUGUGGCUAGUGAUGGACAGCAUUUAAGAUUAUAUCAAGCUGUAAUAGAUGCUAAGAAACUUCUCUGUGAGCUCUCAAACCCAGAAAUUUCUAAAUAUGUUGGUGAAGUUUUUAACAUCGUAAGUCAGCAAUCUACGGCUCGCCCGGGAUGUAUCAUUGAACUGGAUGCCAUUACAGAGCUUCAUGGCCGGAAAACACAGUUAUUGCAUGUUUUUCAAGAAGAAUUUAUUUUAAAUAACCAGGAGAAGGAAAUGCCUUCAAAGAAGAACAGUUUAUCAGACUCUGGAAAGCAGCAGAAUGGAUUCUCUGAAAAAUUCUACUUAAUAGUGAUAGAGUAUACACAAAACCAUUCAUUACUACAUAUGUGGCAUUUAGAUCUGAAGGCAAUUCCUGUCUCAAUAGAUGAAAAGAUAGAUUCAAAUCCAUCUGAAGAAGCAACACAAACAGAAGAAUUGUAUUCUUCACCAGAUCCAGAGAAAAUCCAAUCACCUUUCACUCAAAAGUAUCAGGCCUGUAGAGCAAACCUUCAGAGCACCAGCUGGCUUACUUUGUCUUCAAAAAUGGUGUAUAGUCAAGAAUUGAGUAUGCCAGAAGGAGUAGAAAUAAUAAAUGUAAAGCCAUCAGCAGGACAUCUCAGUUCUUCUUCCAUAUAUCCUGUUUGUCGUGCACCUUACCUGUUGGCUACUUCCUGCUCUGAUGGAAAAGUUCGAUUCUGGAGAUGCAGGGUUAUCACUGAAUCAUCAGCUUCUUCCAUGCCACAAUAUGGCACCGACGGUGAUUUCAAAUAUGUGUGGGAAGAAUGGCCAUUACUGAUUGAGGAUGGUCUUCCUAGUAGUAGUGCUAUUAAUGUUCCAGGGAGGCCAGCUGAUGUCAGCUGUGCACAUACAAACAGAUUAGCAGUAGCAUACAAGCAGGCAGCAUCUAGAAAUAGCCAUCUUUCUCAAGAUUUUGUGAUGCACAUUAGUAUUUUUGAAUGUGAAUCUACAGGGGGCUCUUCUUGGAUUUUAGAGCAGACACUUAAUUUAGAUGAGAGAGGCACCAUGUUGGACUCUGGUGUUAGUGUUGAUAGCGAUUUAGUGGCAGAUAGCCAGCAAGAUACUUCUCUGUCUCAUGGUGGGAGUAUUAUAUCCAGCACUAAGCACUUGGUACACUUGGAUUGGAUGUCUAGGGAAGAUGGUUCUCAUAUUCUGACAGUGGGAAUUGGAUCAAAACUUUAUAUGUUUGGUCAGAUGUCUGGGAAGAGGCAAGAACAAAAUGGUAACGAGAUUGUAGCAAUCUCCCACAGUGGCAGUCCUAAGGCUGAAACCCUUUCUGGGUUUGUUUUGCUUCGUUGUGUAGACUUGGUUUCAUCUGUGGAGGGGUCACCUCCUUUUCCUGUGUCCUUGUCUUGGGUGCGUGAUGGCAUUCUGGUAGUUGGAAUGGAUUGUGAAAUGCAUGUUUAUUCCCAGUGGCAAUCUCCUAAGCAGGAACUUGUUAGUACAGACUCCUACAGUGGAAGUAUGCCUUGCCUAACUAGCUUAAUGAAACAAAGUCAGUCAGCUGCCUCAAGUCUGCAUUCACCAAAAAGAACUUUGACCAGAUCUAUGACCAGCCUUGCGCAGAAACUUAGUGGGAAAAGAUCUGCCUCUGAUCUGUCUAUGGAAAUGGAAGAUUCUGGUCUGUUUGAAGCAGCUCAUACAUUAUCUCCAACUUUACCUCAGUACCAUCCAUAUCAACUGUUGGAACUCAUGGAUCUUGGUAAAGUACGCCGAGCAAAAGCCAUUCUGUCCCACUUAGUGAAGUGCAUUGCUGGAGAAGUUGUUGCUAUAAAUGAGUCUGAGCCUAAUCAUGACAAGAGGCUCAGAUCUCUGACAAUCAGUGCUAGUGGAAGUACUGCAAGAGAUCCCAAAAUAUUCAGCAAAACAGAGACUACAGACUAUAUUGAAAUAGACUCUGUUCCACCAUUGCCUCUGUAUGCUCUUCUUGCUGCGGAUGAUGAUUCAUCUUAUUCCUGUUCAGAGAAGUCCAAUAAUCAGAACAGUCAAAAUAAAAAGGAUAUGCCCAAUGAUAGUUACGAAAAUCUCUUCCAAAAUACUGUUAUAAGUACAGAUGACCUUGUAACAUUUGAGGCGGAUGAAGACAGUUCAAAAGUCAUUGAUCUUUCUCAAUACAGCCCAACUUACUUUGGACCAGAACAUGCUCAAGUUCUUUCUCGUCACUUGCUUCAUUCAAGCUUGCCAGGUCUGACUAGGAUGGAGCAAAUGUCAUUGAUGGCCUUGGCAGAUACAAUUGCUACUACCAGUACUGACAUUGGAGAAAGCAGAGACAGAAGUCAGGGUGGAGAAACGCUUGAUGAGUGUGGUUUAAAAUUUUUAUUGGCUGUCCGGCGUCACACCUUUCUGACAACUGCACUUCCUCCUGUGCAUCGAGCCCAGCUGCUUCACCAAGGCUUAUCUACUAGUCACUUUGCCUGGGCAUUCCAUUCUGUAGCAGAGGAAGAGCUCCUGAGUAUGCUCCCUGCCGUGCAGAAGGGAGAUCCAACAUGGUCCGAGCUCAGAGCUAUGGGUGUAGGAUGGUGGGUCCGAAACAUCCAUAGCCUGCGGAAAUGCAUAGAAAAGGUGGCUAAAGCAGCUUUCCAGAGAAACAGCAAUCCACUUGAUGCUGCCAUUUUUUACCUUGCAAUGAAGAAGAAAGCUGUUAUUUGGGGAUUAUACAGGUCCCAAAAAGAUACUAAAAUGACACAGUUUUUUGGAAACAACUUUACUGAGGACAGAUGGCGUAAAGCAGCCUUAAAGAAUGCUUUUUCUUUGCUUGGCAAACAGCGAUUUGAGCAUUCUGCAGCAUUUUUCUUGUUGGCAGGACACUUAAAAGAUGCGGUGGAGGUCUGCCUUGAAAAACUGCAUGACAUUCAAUUGGCUCUUGUAAUAUCAAGACUGUAUGAAUCGGAGUUUGAAGUGUCUAGUACUUACAAAUCUAUACUACAGAAGAGAGUUUUGGGAAGUAUGUCUACUGGAAAACAGAACUUAGGAAACAUACACUGUGACCCUUUCCUGCGAAGUAUGGCAUACUGGAUUUUGGAAGAUUAUAGCAAGGCUCUUGACACUUUGAUUAAACAUUCUGUUGAAGAUGAAGGAGGUGAAGGGGAUGGCUCAUCAAGUUGCAACCCUGCAGUGUUUAACUUCUAUAACUACCUAAGAACACAUCCCCUCUUGCUGAGACGUCAUUUUGGCUCUUCUGAUACAUCUUCCACACACAUUUCCCUAACAGUAGAAAAUGGAUUAGCUGACAAAAUCAACCUAGGUGAAAGACGGCUAUUUUUCACCACUGCAUAUGCUCAUCUAAAAGCUGGUUGUCCCAUGUUGGCCUUGGAAGUGUUAUCAAAGAUGCCCAAAGUUGUCAAGAGGUCAAAGUUAUUCAGUAAAUCCCCUAGUUCAGUGGAUGCUAGUAAAGAUUUCUCACCAUUAUCUCCAGUUAAAGAGUUUGAAACAAAAGAUCAAGCUUCCAGUAUUGAUUGGUCACAGCCAGUAUUCAAUGGUCUAGGUUCAUCUUCAGAUUGUUCAUCAGGAAGACAUUCAAGUUCCACUCUUUCGUUUGAUUGGAGCCAGCCAAGUGCUCUAUUCCAAGAUGAACAAUUGCAACUACAGUCAGACAGUGAUGAAAAUGAUGAAAGUGAAGAUUCUUCCCUGGUAAUGAAAGAGCUAAAACCUCUGAAGAAAACUGAAAAAUUACACGAAACAAGUUCUAGCUACACAGAAUCUUUUAGUGUAGUUGAUGACAAAGAUAUUCUAAGUCCAUCAGAAGAUACAAUUUCAGUACAGCUGAAGUUUAGAGCAUGCCUGAAAAUCCUUACUGUGGAGCUUCGUACACUGUCCACUGGCUAUGAAGUCGAUGGUGGAAAGUUGCGGUAUCAGCUUUACCAGUGGCUUGAGAGAGAAGUGGUAGCUCUUCAGAAGACCUGUGAUUAUGGUGUUGAAGUAGAAGAGAUACGGCCAGAGGAAGGUACAUUACAUGAAAACCCUGAAGGCUUAGCUGACCAGGAAAAAACUAUGCUACAGAAAGAAGACUUUCAAAAAAGACGUCAAUGGCUUCUGAAGUACCAGUCUCUCCUCAGAAUGUUCCUUAGUUACUGUAUACUUCAUGGCUCACACGGUGGAGGCUUGGCAUCUGUCAGAAUGGAAUUAAUUCUCCUCUUGCAGGAAUCUCAGCAGGAGCAGUCAGUACAGAUACCUUCCAGCCCUCCACCAGAGCAAAGCUCCAUACCUCUCCUAUUUGCUUGCACAGCUAGUGCUAAAACAGUGGUUGCUAAUCCAUUGCUACAUCUUGGCAAUUUAACUCAUGAUAUAUUACAUGCUAUAAUAAACCUUGAUUCACCACCUCAUCCAGAUACUCAGAACAGCAAGAUAUGUGUAAUGCAUACCUUAGCAGCGUCACUCUCUGCUUGCAUCUACCAGUGUCUCUGUGAUGGCCACAGCUACAGCUCAUUUCAAGCAAAUCAGUUCACUGGAACAGUGUACCAGACGGUCCUGUUAACUCAGUGUCAUUCUUUAAAAACAGCAAGCUUAGAAGAAACAGUGACUCCCAACACAUCACCUGCUCAGUGGCCAGGAAUGACAGCUCUCAUACGUCUCUUGAAUUCUGCUGGUGAGGAAGCCCAGCCAGGUCUCACAGUUCUACUUUGUGAAAUUCUAACUGCGGUCUAUCUCAGCCUCUUCAUCCAUGGCCUUGCAACACAUUCCAGCAAUGAGUUGUAUAGAAUUAUGGCUCAUCCACUUAACAACAAAAUGUGGUCUGCUGUCUUUGGAGGAGGAGCUCAUACGCCCAGCAGAGAACAGCAGCAAUUAAAGACAAAAACUGAUGAUGGAGAGAAACAGCAAAAACAUUACCGGCUUUCAUCAAAGACCUCUCCAAAAGAAAGUUCUCAGUUGCCUGCAUUGCCGUUGCUAGACCAACAAUCAUCAUCUUACAAAGAAAGAUUUAUCUCUCCUGAACUUAGCAUCUGGGAUUAUUUCAUUGCAAAGCCAUUUUUUCCAUCACAAAGUAGAGUGGAAUAUGAUUCAGAAGAGAGUCAGGAAAGUGAUGAAGAUGUUGAAGACAAUGAUGGAGAUAUAUUUGCAUCAAAUGCACAUAACCAAGAACAUUCUAAUUCAAAUUCUUACAGUUGGUCACUGAUGAGAUUGGCAAUGGUUCAGCUGGUACUUCACAAUUUGAAGAUUUUCUACCCUUUGGCUGGACAUGAUCUUUCAGAGCUUCCAGUUAGCUCCCCGAUAUGCCAUGCAGUUUUGAAAACUUUACAGCGCUGGGAGCAAGUUCUUCUCCGGCGUCUUGAGCUGUAUGGAGGUCCACCUCAACAUUAUAUUUCAGUUCAUGCUUCUGAAGAUGCCCUAGCUGCUGGUCCUGCGUUGCUCCGCCACAAAACUUUACUCGAGCCUGCAAACACUCCUUUCAGAUCUGGCAGUCAUGUUGCACUGUCUGUGAAGAGGCUCUGGCAGUACUUGGUCAAACAGGAAGAAGUCCAGGAAACUUUUAUCAGAAAUAUUUUUACAAAAAAGCGAUGCCUAAAUGAGUCACUAGAGGAGCACAAUGAAACCAUGAAAAAUUCUGUGGUGGAGGAACCUGUCAUCAAUAAGGUAGAAACAGAUCUGGGAUACCCUGGUGGCAAGGCAAGAAUAAUCCAUAAAGAGUCAGACAUCAUUACUGCUUUUGCAGUCAAUAAGGCAAAUCGGAACUGCAUUGCAAUAGCAUCAAGUCAUGAUAUUCAAGAAUUGGAUGUUUCUGCAAUUUUAGCUACGCAAAUUUACACCUGGGUCGAUGAUGAUAUGGAAAUAGAAAAUAAAGGGGCUGAUGAUUUCCUAGUUAUACACGCUCGUGAUGAUCUCGUAAAUGUUCAGGGAAGCACUCCUUAUACUCACAGUAAUCCUGGCACACCUAUCAAUAUGCCUUGGCUUGGUAGUACACAAACUGGCAGGGGUGCAUCUGUGGAAUAUUCCAAUAAAUUUAAUGGAAUCAGAAAGGAAUUGGCAAGAAAAGAGAUGCUCAAGAAAGCUAUUAAUAAUGUCAGAAGAAUGGCUUCUCAUCCAACACUGCCAUAUUACCUGACGGGUGCUCAGGAUGGAAGUGUAAGAAUGUUUGAAUGGGGUCAUGCGCAGCAGAUCACAUGUUUUCGAUCUGGUGGCAACUCCAGGGUAACUCGAAUGCGAUUCAAUUACCAAGGAAAUAAGUUUGGAAUUGUUGAUGCUGAUGGAUAUAUAAGUCUAUAUCAGACAAAUUGGAAAUGUUGUCCACUUACUGGAACUUCACCUAAGCCAUAUUUGACAUGGCAAUGUCAUAACAAAACCGCCAAUGACUUUGUUUUCAUCAGUUCGUCAUCUUUGAUAGCUACAGCAGGAUUUUCUUCUGACAACAGAAAUAUUUGUCUUUGGGAUACUCUGGUUUCUCCUACAAACAGCUUGGUGCAUGCUUUUAUCUGUCAUGAUAGUGGAGCAACUGUGCUAGCAUAUGCUCCGAAACACGAGCUGUUGAUAUCUGGAGGCAGAAAAGGCUUUACCUGUAUAAUUGAUCUUCGCCUAAAGCAGCAGCAGCAGUUACUCCAGAGUCAUGAUUCUCCAGUCAAAGCAAUUGCUGUUGAUCCUACAGAAGAGUAUUUUGUCACAGGAUCUGCUGAAGGCAACAUAAAGGUAUGGAGUCUGUCUGCAUUUAAUCUUCUUCACACCUUCAUCAAUGAGCAUGCUCGACAGUCUCUCUUCAGAAACAUUGGGACAGGAGUCAUGCAAAUUGAAACAGGACCAGCAAAUCACAUAUUCUCCUGUGGUGCUGAUGGAACAGUAAAGAUGAGAAUCUUGCCUGAUAGAUUCAGCCCUUUAAAGGAUGUGUUAAAAAAUGAUGUGAAGUUUAUGAUCUAAUGUUUUUCUCAGAACAGUGAAUAACAUUCCCCUUCUGCCAUCCUUGAAACUAUUUUUUCUGGAGCUAACCAACAAAGCAGAUGCACAAUGAUAGCUUGUGAUACAACGGUGUUUUGGUUUUUUUCCUUUCUCCCCUUCUGCCCCCAACCCCCUAUUUAUUAAUAUCCUGGAGCUUUUAGUCCCUGAUGCACUAAUGCCUUAAAGAUUAAAAGGUCCUUCAGAUUUUGAUCAUUGCCUAAAAUAUAAGCUAAAUAUGACUCCAAAUUACAUAGUUAUAAUUUAUAAAGAUGUUGCUGAAGUGGUUUACUCUUCCUUUUGAGGUAAUUACACUCUCACCUGGAGUGUACCAUUCUGGGCAUGACCUCUGCUUAUAUUCAACACCUUGCCACCUUGUAAAAGCAUGUCAGUCCUGAUGGAAACCUGCCACCUUGUAAAAGCAUGUCAGUCCUGAUGGAAACCUUAGGUAAUGUUUUUUCACUGUGGCAGCCAUAACUGUCUCUCUUCUCAAUUUGUUUAGUCAGCCAACAAUAAAAAUGUAUACCUAUGUGCAGAAGAGAAACAAAGUCUCCAGGAGUGAAUAUUCCUGUUCAUGCAGACAUUCAUAUAACGAGCCACUUUUUCUCUCCAUUCCUGAAAUCCAGGCUGUUUACCUCUCUUAACUUGCCUGAUCUCCUUCCUCUCAUCUAGAGUAUAAAAAACUGAAGGAUGUUCUGUAACUUGUCUUCUGUUCUAUAGCUUGAAUCACUGCCAUCAGGAUGGCAGGCUGACCUUUUAAAAAUAAUGUAUUUUUAACCCUGAACACUCCCUUUACAAAACUAAAAUGUAAAUAUGAAUGGAUAUCUUCCUAGUAAAAUAGUCAAGAUUAUGUAUGAAGCCUUAGACUUGAUCAAAAAGAUACAGGAAGAUACUGCUUUAGGUUACGGUGCUAGAAUUUCUUCAGAGAUUAUUUAUUUAGAUGUCUGUAGAGGGAAAAAAAGAAAAACCCAACCUAAUUUAUUUUUACUUUUUUUUCUGGUAAGACUUUUAUUUAGCCCAAAUAGUCCAUUCUUAGCACUUACAUUCUUUUAUGUCUGUUUUUUCUAAGUACUUUAAAAAAGAAAACUAGUUCAACUGCAAAGUACUUCUGCACUGUCAGUCUUUCUUUCUUGAUGUUUAUGUUUACAUCUGGUGUCAGAUGAAAGAAAAUAAACUGAGAAGUAUAGAUGUAGAGGGCUUUUUUUUUGCCAAAAUAUUUAACUGCAUAACUUAAAUGUUUGACCAAAUUAUUAAUGCACAAGGCCUUUACUUUUUUUUUUUUUUAAGUCAGCUAAACUGUUUCUGUUUAUUUUUGGUUUGUUUUUCCUUACUUGAGAGUUGACAAAGGUUUAAUUUGUAAAUUAGAUAUGAGGCUGGAUUACUUGAAUGCCAAUGGUGUACUUUUUUGCUAAAAGAUAUUUUGUGAAAUAAAGCACCAAGAUACUAACUGUAAAAGAAACCUGUCAAAUUAGGAACUAUGGGGAUAAAUAAAGCAUAGCAGAAAUGAAGGGCUUGUAUAGUGAACUAUGUAACAUUCUCAGGAUGCUUUUAUCUUAAGAAUAUAAAGUUGUUUAAAAAGAUUUUGUAAAAUGUAUUAAGGUCAUUUUAAAUGUAUGUUUCGCAAGUUGCAGUGCAAACACUAUGAAGGUUUUUAUGCACAUAACCUGAAUUUUCAAAUUGUGCAAUAACAGAAUGUGAAUGUUUUACCAUGAGGAAACAUGUGACAGCAUUUCAAACUGGUACAGCUGUUCAGUGAUUCAAUUGUAAUUGUUCUUCCUUAACACUUAGAGAUUGAAAUUGAACAUGAUUUCAAAACAGUUUAAGUACAGUGAUGGACCAGAAAAGUGACUAAAAGUGACACCACCUUACAAAAUAGACUUGCCCAAUGAGUAUGAGUUAUCUGCUCAGUGGCUGAAUUUCUAAUACUUUUUAUUCUUGUGGAAGAAGGAAAUCAGGGGGAUAAACUGUAGCACACUGCUUUAGAAUCAACUGAAACCAUGACUUUGUAGCUGCUUUAUAUAAAUGUGUCAGUUUUAUACACCCACUGAACUAACAAAGUUACAUGUGCACAAACCAUGACACAGUAUUAUAUAAUUAUGUCCUUGAUGUUUUGUCCUUAAAUAUUUAUAUCUUAUUAGCUUUAAUACUUCAAGCUCAAAUCUGUUGUACUGGCAAUCACAAGAAGUUGUCUUACCGUCUGCAAACUGAGCAGAUUUUAAAUGCAAUUUGCCAUGAUAUAAAAUGUUGUCAUUUUUCUGAGUAAAGCUGCACUUUGAGAAAUCUUGGCAAACUUAGGCUUAUACCAGAAAAUUACUGACCUUGACCAGGCAUUUUCAGUAAUGUUUAUAGUUACCAUAAGCUAUCCCUGAAACUAAAUUAUGUAAAAUCACAGUGUAUUUGCCACACCUUUAUAAUCUUUCCAAUAAAUCCUGCAGAAACUCAACCUUCUACAGUUCCAUGUUGCUGCUAUUUCAUUUACAGAUCAGUUGUUAACUUGCAUAUUGUUCUUUGAUGUUUAACUAUUGUAAGACAAAUUGUCCACUUUCUUGUAAUGAUGGAGUAAAAAUGAGUUAAAUUCUGUUGUAUGUGAAACUUCUAAAGGGACACUCUCAACUUUGAAUGUAGUCAUUGGAGAAGAACUGAACUCAGAAUCCUCUGGCUGUUGCCCUUAACUUCACUGACUUUUGUCCUCCAGCAAUUAAUACUUUUUCCCUGUUGCUAUGCAAGUUACUCAAACUUAAGGGUACUAGAGCCUACAGAGGUCCCAGUGCUUACAGUAGCCAUGUGCACAAAUUAAAUGUGAAAUUUACUUCUGGCAGUGUUUAAUCAAUAAUACUGUUUUGUCCAGACAAAAUAAUUUAGCUUGUAGUUGAUAAUGCCCCUUUUAAAUAUCAUAGAGUGGGAGCUGUGACUUAUGUUUGUAUUUGUAGCAGUACAUAAUACUGUCAGUGUGUCAUUCUUGUGUUGCUAACUGAUUCUGUUACCUUAGACACAUGAUCCAAGUUCUUCGUGAUUACUUCAGCAACUUGUGAAAGUUAAAACUCUGGCCAUCUAGGUACUUAAACUGGCUUGCUGGGUGACUUUACACCAGAAAAUUCUCAGCUGACAGCUGACAUUGCAGAUGUUCAUGGAGAAAGGUGGAAGAAAUGCAGAUUUUGUACUGCGCCAGGGUGGUGCAGGGUGAGGUCAUACAUGUUCUACUGCAUUUUAGGAACCUCAGAACCAGUUGCAGGAAAUAAACUAUGGCGAUAUCCUGCACUAGGUACCCCCUUCCUAUUAAGAGCACCCAGUGUUAGAUUAGAUGCAAUAGUUAUUAAAAAAGCAACAGUGAUUAAGGGGAAAUAAGCUUGGAGAUUAUAUAUUCUCCAAGGUAAUUUUCAAAUGUUUAUUUUUACUAAUAAUAGCAAAACCAUCGGUAAUGGUUCGGCAUAUUGAUCAAACUACUUUCUAUAAAAUAAAGAGAUUGAUUUACCAA